CGUUUGGUUCAGACGAAAGCGUGGUUGGUGCUGGCUUGGCUGUGGUUUCAGUGGUGCUGUGAACGUCGCGCUUUUGUUGACGUAUUACGCAGGAAACUUGUAAUAUUAUGAUUUACUGUGAACUUGGUCAUUCCAAAUACACAGUUACUUGUGACAAAGACGCGAAACAAACAUGACAUCAAGCAUUGGUUAUAGGAACAAGACCAUACUAGCCCCUAUGGUUAGGAUAGGCACUUUGCCUAUGCGCCUUCUUGCUCUGCAUUACGGUGCGGACCUCGUUUACACGGAGGAGCUCAUCGACUACCGGUUGUUGAAGUGUCAGCGCAUCGAGAAUAAGGUACUCGGAACCAUUGAUUUUGUCGACGAUGAUCACCAAAUCGUCUUAAGAACAUGCGAGAAAGAGAAAGGCCGAAACAUUCUCCAAAUUGGAACCUGCAAUCCUGAGCGUGCUGUUCAAGUUGCAAAGCUUGUUGAGAAAGAUGUGGCUGGCAUAGAUGUGAACAUGGGCUGUCCAAAGGAAUUCUCCAUAAAGGGUGGAAUGGGUGCUGCUCUGCUAACACAAACUGACAAGGUGAAAGCCAUCUUGACAGCCCUUGUCCAAAACACUGAGCUACCUGUAACGUGCAAGAUUAGAGUUCUUGAAAAGCUGGAAGACACGUUGGCUCUUGGGAAACUGAUUGAAUCAACUGGUGUGAAAGCAAUUGGUGUUCAUGGACGAACAAAAGAUGAACGACCACAACACGCCAACAGGAAUGCAGUUAUUAAAGCUCUGGCUGAGCAUGUCAACAUUCCCAUCAUUGCAAAUGGGGGAUCUGGAGAGAUAGCCUGCUAUGAAGACAUUGAGCAUUUUCGGCAGGCCACUGGUGCUGCUUCUGUGAUGCUGGCUCGUCAGGCAGAAAGCAACUGCUCCAUAUUUAGAAAGGAAGGCAAGAAACCAAUAGAUGAUGUUAUACAAGAGUACCUUGCCUAUGCAAUAGAAUAUGACAACAGGGCAACAAACACAAAGUACUGUGUUCAGCAGAUGCUUGGCUCGCUUCAGGAAAGUGACAGAGGCAAAGCACUUUUGGCCAGUCAACAAAUGGAGGAAAUAUGUGUGCUCUGGAAUAUGCAAGAUAAGCAUGCUUCUUGGCAGCUCAAGCUCCAGGCUAGAGCAAUGGCUUUGAGGGAACUCAGUAACAACUGCUAUGCUGAGCCAGUGCUGAAGAAGUCCAAAAUUGGAGAUGAUGAAGUGUGGCAAAUGGAGGCUAAGUUUGUUAGAAACAUGUUUGAAAUGGCAGACCUGCCAAAGACAGUGCUCAUCAACUGGACAAGGAAAAAUAAUUAUCCACAUCCAUUCUACAAAACUGAAUCCAUGGAGAAAAGUUUUCGUUCUGUUGUGCUGGUAGAUCGGAAAAAGUAUUCCAGCACAUACCUUGAGAAGAACAAGAAAUAUGCCGAGCAGAGUGCUGCACUCGUGGCCUUAUAUGCCCUUGGACUGAUUGACGGUUCCAAAAUCAAGGGCAAUACUGCCGGUAUGCCAUUUGAAUAAAGAAACGCACAGCGAUAUUUUCUGCAGAGUGUA